UUUUGGAUGUGGUUAAGCGGUGGAGGUGACAGCCGGUACCAUGGAUUGUCUGUGUAUUGUCACCACUAAGAAAUAUCGUUAUCAAGAUGAUGACUCUCCACCUCUUGAACACAGUCCUGCUCAUCUCGCCAACCCUAUGAAAGCCCCAGAAUUAGUCCACGUAUCGGAGAAAAACCUAUCACAGAUUGAGAAUGUGCAUGGCUAUGUUUCCCACUCCCACAUCUCCCCAAUGAAGGCCAGCUCUCCUCCUGUGAUUGUAAAUACAGAUACAUUGGAAGCACCUGCCUAUGUAAACGGCACCGAAGCAGAAAUGGAAUAUGAGGAAAUUACAUUGGAAAGAGGAAACUCAGGUCUGGGUUUUAGUAUUGCCGGUGGCACAGAUAAUCCUCAUGUAGGAGAUGACCCCAGUAUUUUCAUCACCAAGAUCAUCCCAGGAGGAGCAGCCGCUCAAGAUGGGAGGCUAAGGGUGAAUGACAGUAUUCUCUUUGUGAACGAGGUGGAUGUGCGUGAAGUUACCCACAGUACUGCGGUGGAAGCUCUGAAAGAUGCUGGAUCAAUUGUUCGUCUCUAUGUUAUGCGCAGGAAACCAGCAUCAGAAAAAAUCCUAGAGAUCAAACUUAUUAAAGGGCCAAAAGGUCUUGGAUUCAGUAUUGCAGGAGGAGUUGGAAACCAGCAUAUUCCUGGUGAUAACAGCAUUUACGUCACAAAGAUCAUUGAAGGCGGAGCUGCCCACAAAGACAUGCGUCUACAAAUAGGGGACAAGAUUCUUGCGGUUAAUCAUGUCAGCUUGGAAGAUGUCAUGCAUGAGGAUGCUGUAGCUGCUCUGAAAAACACAUCAGACAUUGUUUACUUGAAAGUAGCAAAGCCAACCAAUGUAUAUCUAAAUGAUUCCUACGCCCCUCCAGAUAUUACUACAUCCUACUCACAGCAGUUGGAUAGUGACUUAUGUCACCCUAGUUAUCUGGGCCCUGAAUAUGCACCAGUGAUGACACCAACCUCUCCUCGCAGAUACUCGCCCAUUCCUAAGGAACUCAUGGGGGAGGAGGAAGUACCCAGGGAACCGCGCAGGAUUGUUAUACACAGAGGCUCUACUGGUUUAGGAUUUAACAUUGUAGGAGGAGAGGAUGGAGAAGGCAUCUUUAUCUCAUUCAUUCUCGCUGGAGGACCUGCAGACCUUAGUGGAGCCUUGAGGAAGGGAGAUCAGAUCAUGUCUGUGAAUGGUGUAGAUUUGAGGAAUGCAACACAUGAACAAGCAGCUUUGGCUCUAAAAAACGCUGGUCAGACUGUCACAAUUAUUGCACAGUACAAGCCAGAGGAAUACAGCAGGUUUGAAGCCAAAAUUCAUGAUUUGCGAGAGCAGCUGAUGAACAGCAGUUUGGGCUCUGGGAGUGCUUCUCUACACAAUAACAAUGGUGGAAAGAGGGGAUUCUACAUCCGGGCACUUUUUGACUAUGAUAAGACACGGGACUGUGGGUUUCUCAGCCAAGCUCUGAGCUUUAAAUUUGGGGAUGUCCUUCAUGUCAUUGAUGCCUCUGAUGAAGAAUGGUGGCAGGCUAGACGUGUUCAGCCAGAGGGAGAAGAAAUUGGUUUCAUCCCCAGCAAGAGAAGGGUUGAAAGACGAGAGUGGUCACGGUUGAAGGAUCGAGGCAGCACAGCAGGGUCUCAGAGUCGGGAGGAAGUAGUGCUGAGCUAUGAGAAUGUUGUACAUAUGGAAGUGCACUACGCUCGUCCUAUUAUAAUUCUGGGUCCUGGGAAAGACAGGGUUAAUGAUGAUCUUCUAUCAGAAUUUCCUGACAAGUUUGGUUCCUGUGUCCCUCAUACAACUCGCCCAAAAAGAGACUAUGAGGUGGACGGACGAGAUUAUCAUUUUGUGUCAUCUCGGGAGAAGAUGGAAAAGGAUAUUCAAGGCCAUAAAUUUAUUGAAGCUGGACAAUAUAACGGGCAUCUGUACGGGACCAGCGUUCAGAGCGUAAGGGAGGUUGCAGAGCAGGGGAAGCACUGCAUUCUCGAUGUAUCCGCCAACGCUGUUAGACGCCUACAAGCUGCACAUCUCCAACCUAUUGCCAUUUUUAUAAGGCCCAAGUCUCUAGAGAACAUCCUAGAAAUUAACAAGCGCCUAACAGAGGAACAGGCCAGAAAAACCUAUGAGAGAGCAACCAAACUUGAACAAGAUUUUACAGAAUGCUUUUCAGCGGUGGUUGAAGGAGACAGCUUUGAAGAGGUCUAUCAUAAAAUAAAAGGAAUUAUUGAGGAUCUCUCAGGGCCCUAUAUCUGGGUUCCUUCCCGUGAGAGACUUUAAAACCUGCUUCCUCUCCAUUCAUCCCCAUUACCAACGGAGCGCCCCAUCCCCCGGAGCCAUGUACUUCUUCGGGCAAUAAGGCACUCUGGAUAUCCGGCCCCUGCACCUCGCCCCCCUUCUUGGGGUGCCUUAUUACUUAUUAAAGGGGCUGAGGAAUUCUCUCCAUACACUUUACAGCAAGAGACUGAAAGGAUUGUUCUUUUGUGUGUGUCCAUGUGUGUAGGAAGGGAAGUGUUUUUUUUAGAGUUUUAUAUAUAUAUAAAUAUAUAUAUAUAUAUAUAUAUAUAUAUAUAUAUAGAUUGCUAAAUAUGCACCAACAAAUAUAUAUAUAAAUAUAUUACUAUACACAGUAUAUGUCGACAUAUACAAGGUAUAUAUUAUAUACAUAUUUAUGGACACACACAAUACAUACAUGCCAGAAUCCUGCUGUUUCAUUCUUUCCCAGCUCUUCGGGAGAGUAGUUUCCUCGUGGCCCCGCCCCUGCAGUGUGAAGUGGGUGUGGCUUCCCUUGGCCCCACCCUUUGCAGCGGGUGGGGUCUGAUGUAAAAAGAGACUCUUAGUCCUGGUUUUUUAUCUCUCUGUCUGCGUUUAUCUUGUGCAUGCGUCUUAUACAGGAAGGGGGGCUGGGACUGAUGGACAUACACCCCAUUAUCCCCCCUGUCCCGUGCACACACAUCCAAGAGAAGGUGGCAGAAUGGACAAGAAAUACCCCAGUGGGGGCAGAAGAUUUAUGGAUGUUUUUCUAGCUUCUCUCUCCCUUCUCCCCUCUCUUAUGAAAGACUAAACCUGCCAACAAAAAAAUACUUGGAUGGGUGAAUGAACAUCUACUCUUUGACUGCCAAGCGAGGGGUGUAAGGAAUGUUUAACGAAAGUCUGUGUCAGGCUUUACAUAAUGAAUAAUUAAAGAGCAAGGUUUUGAUGAUUUGUGAUAGGAAAGAGAUUAAAUGAAUAGUGCGUGGCAUUGCUCUGGCAAGAGAUGUAUUAAAGGAAACAUUCUUUAUAGUGCUGUGGGCGGGUGAGAGACAAAGAAAGACAUAUUUCACAGAGCUCAGGUAGGAAAGUGGUUAAGCUUAGGAAGGUGAAGGGUCAAGUGAGUGCUGUGGAUAUACAGUACAGUAAUACAAAAAUAAAACUAUUUUAUGUGGAUAAAUAAAAUGUUAUAUAUUUA